UGACGUCGGCAUCAUCGGAUACCAGCUGAUCACACAGCAGGAUGCUGGUAUCAUGGUAAGUAACCAACUGGUAUCACUGUGGAUACUGUUGAUUACAGGCCGGUAAUCCGUCGGCAGCGUCGACAACAAUGGAUACGAGCCAGUAUCACAGCAGGAUGCUGGUAUCAUGGUCAGUAACCAACCAGUAUCACGAUGGAUACCGCCGAUUAUCGGUAUGAAAUUUUGCGUGUAAUUGUCAGUAAUAAUUAAGAUGGCCACUUAGACGUCAAAGAUGGGCCAGCCCAGACACCAAAGCCCGUCUGGCCGGCAUAAUAAGAUGCCCACUCAGACGUCAAAGAAAAUAACGAAAAAAAAAAAAAAAAAAAGAGUAAAAAAACAUGGUCACUCGAAAAUGAGUAACCAACUACAGAGCUUCUUCAAAACCGUCUCCGUAAACUUAAGCUCUGAACGGAUUCAGCUCUGCUUUCCGACCACCCAAUUCUGUUCAUCUUCAAGGCUUUGGUUCAGUAGUGGUAGAUUCGAAGAUCGCUUUAAAAUGUUAGGAAAUGGUCUUUCUGAUGGCUGUGAGGUGGUGGUGGCUGAUCCUCAGCUUUUGGACGAUAAAAUCUCUGCUAUUCGAACGGCUGGUCCAACAAAACUCCAAGUAAUUGCAGAUUUUGAUGCUACACUAACUAGGUAUUGGGUCAAUGGUCGUCGGGGGACAACCAUAGGUAGUCAUGGCCUUUUGCGACAGGGGAAUCCGGAAUAUGAUAAGAAAAGGAGGGAUUUAUAUUAUCAUUAUCAUCCGUUAGAAUUUUCGCCAACAAUUCCAAUCGACGAGAAAACAAAGCUGAUGGAAGAGUGGUGGGGAAAAACACACGCUCUUCUGAUUGAAGGAGGACUUACAUGUGAUGCAAUAAAGCAAUCUGUUGCUGAUUCUAUAAUUGCUUUCAGAGAAGGUGUUGCUGAACUAUUUGAGCUUCUGGAGGAAAAGGACAUUCCAAUACUUAUAUUUUCUGCAGGACUUGCAGACAUAAUAGAGGAGGUCCUGAGACAAAAGUUUCACAAAUCUUUUAAGAACGUGAAGAUUGUCUCAAACCGAAUGGUAUUUAAUGAAAGUGGUCAUCUUGUAGCUUUUAAAGGGAAGACAAUUCAUAGUCUAAAUAAAAAUGAGCAUGCUCUUGAGAUGGCAGCUCCUCUUCACGAUCAAUUGGGCGAUGUAGAUGGGCCAACUUAUGACAAUUCCUCGGUCAAGACGAGAACCAACGUGCUGCUUCUGGGCGAUCAUCUCGGGGACCUUGGAAUGUCUGAUGGUCUGAACUAUGAGACUCGAAUCUCUGUGGGGUUUCUGAACGAUAACAUUGAAAACUCUCUUGACAACUACCGCAAUGCCUUCGAUAUUGUUUACCUGAAUGAUGCGCCGAUGUCGGGGGUCGUCAAGCUUGUUUCACAGCUGUGGUCGAGUGAUGGUGUCUGAGCCUCUGAAGCCCAAACCUUUCGUCCUACGCUGAAUAGCUUGUCUUUAAGCCCUCUCUCUCUCUCUCUCUCUCUCUCUCUCUCUCACCCUUUUUAUCAGCCAACAUAAUUGAUUACCAUAGCCAAUAUGAUAUUCUGUUAGUAGCCACCUAUUUGGAUGGGAUUCUGG